AUGUCUGCCGAAGACUCCCAGAACUCCGCUGGCAACGCCAACGCGAUCGCUGACCAGCUUGACCGCCUGAACGUCGACGGCGAGGCGGCUGAUGUGACCCCACGCACCGAGCAGGAGUACGCCGAGUCGCAGCUCACUCUCCGCGCCAUCGUCUCGUCCAAGGAAGCCGGUGUCAUUAUCGGCAAGGCGGGCAAGAACGUCGCUGAUCUGCGCGACGAGACCGGCGUACGCGCCGGCGUCAGCAAGGUUGUGCAGGGCGUCCACGACCGCGUGCUCUCCGUCACCGGCAGUCUUUCUGGCAUCUCCAAGGCGUAUGGUCUGGUCGCCAAGGGUCUGCUCGACGGCGCACCUUCCAUGGGCAUGGGCGGUGUCAUCCGUAGCGACGGCACGCACCCCAUCCGCCUCCUCAUCUCGCACAACCAGAUGGGCACCAUCAUUGGCCGUCAAGGCCUGAAGAUUAAGCAGAUUCAGGACGCCUCUGGUGUUCGCAUGGUCGCCCAAAAGGAGAUGCUCCCUCAAUCUACCGAGCGCAUUGUCGAAGUCCAGGGCUCUCCAUCAGGCAUCGAGAAGGCUAUCUGGGAGAUUGGCAAGUGCCUUAUCGAUGACCACGAGCGCGGCUACGGCACUGUACUCUACAACCCCGCCGUGAGAGUUCAGCCCGGUGCUGGUCCCCUCACGACCAACAACGGUGGCGCCCCAACAGGCCUUAGCUCUGGACGCUCGUACAACCGCACUGGCCACGGCGCUGACUUCAGCGACUCUCCGCCUUCGACGUUCCAGCGUCGCUCUGGCUCCGAUGCUGCAAACCGACCCCCGCCCCCGACCCACACCGAAGACGGCGAAGAGAUGCAGACGCAGAACAUCAGCAUUCCUUCUGACAUGGUCGGCUGCAUCAUCGGCCGUGGUGGCAGCAAGAUCAGCGAGAUCCGCAAGACGUCCGGCGCUCGCAUCUCCAUUGCCAAAGCACCUCACGACGAUACUGGCGAGCGCAUGUUCACAAUCACUGGUAGUGCCAGUGCCAACGAGAAGGCAUUGUACCUCCUUUACGAGAACCUCGAGGCCGAGAAGAUGCGACGUAGCCAGGCUCAGGACUAG